AAGAGAAGUGAAGGUCGGAGAUUCAGUCAAAGCCAAGGGAAGAAGGCUAUGAGUAGUGUGCCGUCUUAUCUCAUCAUCGGCGUCGUGUCGUCACCGCCGGUGAACUGGUGGGACAAGAUAAACGCAUCAGUAAAAUGGCAAGACGGGAUCUUUUAUUCACUCUGUAGUGCCUACGCUCUCGUCUCUGCCGUUGCCCUAAUUCAAUUGAUUAGAAUUGAACUGAGAGUGCCUGAGUUUGGCUGGACUACACAAAAGGUCUUUCAUAUCAUGAAUUUCAUUGUAAAUGGAGUUCGUGCUAUUAUCUUUGGGUUUCACAAACAAGUCUUUCUUUUCCACCCGAAGGUGUUAACUUUGGCGCUUUUGGACCUCCCUGGAUUGCUCUUCUUCUCAACAUAUACACUUCUUGUCUUAUUCUGGGCAGAAAUAUAUCACCAGGCUAGAAGUUUGCCAACUGAUAAGCUCAGAGUCCUUUAUAUAUCAAUUAAUGGUGUAAUAUACAUCAUACAAGGUGGUAUAUGGGUGUACCUUUGGAUCAAUGAGAAUCAGACGGUAGAGUUUUUUGGAAAGAUAUUUAUAGCAGUUGUUUCACUCAUAGCAGCCUUGGGAUUCUUGUUCUAUGGUGGAAGGCUAUUUGUCAUGCUGAGACGCUUUCCUAUUGAGUCUAAAGGAAGAAGAAAGAAGCUUCAUGAGGUUGGAUCUGUAACAGCCAUAUGUUUCACUUGUUUUGUCAUAAGAUGUUUUGUGGUUGUAUUGUCUGCUUUUGAUUCUGAUGCAUCACUCGAUGUAUUGGACCAUCCAGUGACGAAUUUCAUAUAUUAUGUGCUAGUGGAGAUUCUUCCUUCCGCUCUUGUUCUCUACAUACUGCGCAAACUGCCCCCCAAAAGAGCAUCUGCACAAUACAACCCCAUACGUUAGCUGCACUAAGAGUGAGUUUGGUUGGAGGAUUUGAGAGGGGAGGUUUAAUUUUUGUUAUAAUUGUUUUCUCUUAUCUGUCGGUCCUAGACUAGGAAAUAAAUAACUAUUUGCUUUUUGUUAAAUGAUGUAAUUCUAUAUAAAAUUUCAUCUUCCUUUAUUGUCAAAAAUCUAAAUGUAAAAAAACUAAUACUACGUAAAAUAUAAUCACCAUUCCCUUCGU